GCCCCUUAGCCAGCGGGGCCGGCCCUCCGAGACGAGAUCUGAAGAGAUUAGUCGGCUGGCAGUUGUCGGUCAUGACGGACGGGACCUACGAGGUGGUGGUAGUGGGGUCUUGUAUGACGGACCUGGUGAGCCAGGCCCCCCGUCUGCCCAAAGCCGGAGAGACCAUCCACGGUCAUGGGUUCUUCAUCGGAUUUGGUGGGAAGGGUGCCAACCAGUGUGUCCAGGCAGCACGCCUAGGGACCAAGACGGCCAUGGUGUGUAAGGUUGGGAAGGACUUCUUUGGAGAUAACUACAUCCAGAAUUUCAAGAAUAACGGCAUCUCCACAGAAUUUGUCAGGCAAACAGAGCAGGCAGCCACAGGUGCUGCCACCAUUAUUGUGAACGAUGAAGGUGAGAACGCCAUUGUUAUCGUCGCUGGGGCCAACCUGCUGCUGGGAGAGGAGGAGCUGCAGUGGGUGGAGCCGGCACUGGGUGGGGCAAAGGUCCUGGUUUGCCAGCUGGAAAUCGAGCCGGACGUCACUCUCCUGGCACUCCGCAUGGCACGGGACAGGGGGGGUGAGUCUGCUCCUGUUGCCCAGCAAUCUCCACCGGGUGACCCACUGCACAGCUCAACGAUGCUGUUCCUCUCUCUUCCCGGACAGGGGGCAGGAGACAGCUUCAUCGGGGCUCUGGCUUUCUACACAGCACAAUAUCCCACAAUGCCCCUGGAGGAGAUGGCCAGGAGGGCCAAUCAGGUGGCGGCCAUCAGCGUGCAGGCGGCGGGGACACAGGCGUCCUACCCGUCUCGGGGGGGCCUGCCCCCGCAUCUCUUUUAGCCAGGACGUGUCCGCCAGGCCUGGCGUCUGGAGGACUUCCAGCUCGCUAACGAGCCUGCUGCUCCGCUUUCUCUCAGCCUUCGCUGUAUAAAAUUAGCACAAUAAAGGACGCAAGUGUGACGUGG